UAGCAAAACAUUUUUGUAGAGUCCAGUUCAAGUAAAAUAAGAAAUGAGAUAAAAAUAAUAUCAACCAAUGGAAAACAAAAUAGUAUAAUGGGUGAUAGAAGUGCUCAACGAUCUCGGAGAGGCCAUCAGCAUCAUCCGAAGAAUAUUGGUUUCCGAUCCAAUGUUCCAACUACUGAAAUUAUCAAGGCACUGAGAGAAGGAAGGAACUUAGAAACAUUAUUUACACAUAGCCCUCAUCACAGCUCAGACACAUCUGUAGAUAUUUCAACCAAUUUAGGAUCAUCCAAUAUAACUAGUUCUAGUAUAGGAGAUUUAAUAUGUGAUCAGACUUACGAUUAUAAUCAGGAAUCAAGUAAUGAAUCUAUUAUGGAGAAUAGGGCUGAUGAAAAUACAUUGCCUUUAUCAGAGAAGAAAGAUCAGAGUAGGAAGACAUCAAAGGGUUCUGAAUUAAGAAAAAAACGUCCAAAAUCAACACUAAUGGAUUCCAAUGAGAUGGCAGUUGACGACGAUGAUGAAGAGACAGCAGAGCUUGCAAAAUUAAGAUGUACUAGUGAGAGGACUGAAGUAAUAGCUGAACGGGAAAACAGAAGACAUAAAAAAUGUGCUGAUUAUCCAGGCUUAGCCUUUGGUCGAUCAAUCUUUAGCUCCGAUUCAAUGAUGAAAUUUAAUAUUAUUCGAAAUGAGCUACAGAAUAUAAUGAAUAAUCAGCUCAAAAGGGUAAGACUGACGACAACAAUUUAAACGUUUCCUAAAAAUAACUCAUUGAGUAAGGAAAUUCUUUAUUCUCAAUUCCUAUACUGAUUCACUCAUUAGUAGUUUAAAAAUUCUAAACGUGGGAAAUUUAUGAGAUUUUAUCGAUUAAACAUUUGCGUUUGAUUCGGGGUUUCAAGAUUUUCUCUAUAUUAGGAAAUAGCUAUGAAAAUAAUUCUAAACAAAAAUUUCCUUAUAAGCUUAAAGAUUUAUGCUUAACAUAACAUAACGUUCCAUUUUACUUUCGAAAAAAAAACUUAGUUUUUUCUCCAUAAAGACGUACGAUUUGAGAGGCUCUCAAAUAAGGCACGAUUAAUAUGUCAUGUCACACGAUUUAACAUUACUCCCGUACUUGCGAUUAUGAAAAAUAAGCUACAUCUCAUGACUUGACAUUUUCUAUGCACACAGUCAAUAGGUUUCGCCCAUUUUUUUCAAUUGGAUCAUCAAGUCAUUCCGCGAGUGAAUUUUAACAAAAUUACAGUGAUAAUUCAUUCAUUUCCCCGAUUUAUAGUAAAAUAAUCAUUCCCCAUAUUCAGUUUAAUACAUUAGUUGCAUUUUGUGAUAGUAAAAGUUUAAAAUUGUGUCGAAAUUUUUCACUUAAAUAUCUCAAUCAAUAAAAAAAAAAGUUGCGGUGUGCGAAAACCACUUAGUAAAAAAAAAAUCAAAUUACUAAGGAAUAAAAAAGUUUAUUUUUCAAAACUCUCACGUAAUAAGAAUAAUAAAGUAAAUAAAAAUGACGACAAAUUUGCAACAAGGUACCCUUCUUGAUGUUCUCAAGAAGAAAAUGCGUCAAACUAAAGAAGAAAUGGAACGUUAUAAGGAUGAAUGCGAGGAAUUUAAUCGCAAAUAUCAAUUAGAAGCAAUGAGGCGCGAAGAAGCUGAAUCAGAAGUCGCUGCUUUGAACCGUCGUAUCCAAUUGUUGGAAGAAGAUCUUGAACGUUCCGAAGAACGUUUGGCUUCAGCUACAGCAAAAUUGUCAGAAGCAUCAGCUGCUGCUGAUGAGUCUGAACGAAUAAGAAAAGCAUUGGAAAAUCGUACAAAUAUGGAAGAUGACAGAGUGGCCAUCUUAGAAGCGCAAUUGUCACAAGCAAAACUAAUUGCAGAAGAAGCUGAUAAAAAAUAUGAGGAGGUUGCCAGGAAGUUGGUACUUAUGGAGCAGGAUUUAGAACGUUCAGAGGAAAAAGUUGAAUUAAGCGAAAGUAAAAUUGUUGAACUUGAAGAAGAACUCCGUGUUGUAGGCAACAACUUGAAAUCAUUAGAAGUCUCAGAAGAAAAGGCUAACCAACGUGAAGAAGAAUACAAAAACCAAAUCAAAACCCUCACUACCCGUCUUAAGGAGGCUGAAGCCCGCGCAGAAUUCGCUGAACGUUCUGUUCAGAAAUUGCAGAAGGAAGUCGAUAGACUUGAAGACGAACUCGUUUCCGAAAAGGAAAAGUACAGAGAAAUUGGAGACGAUCUCGAUACAGCAUUCGUGGAACUUAUCCUCAAAGAAUAAGCAAUUCUUCAUCGCAAAUCAAAAUGGAAAUGAGCACUUAUGGAUAUUUUUCUAUACUCUCAAAAAUAUUCAUUUGUUAUAAAUUCGUCUUUUUACUUACUACACAAAACACACUAAUUGGAAACUACAAAUGAUAUUUUAUUCUUUUCAUUUUACUAUUAUUCACACAAUUUUUUAUUUCAAUCCACAUGUAAUUAUAACGUUUAAGUUAUUAAAAAAAAUUAUCAUAUAUUUUACUUAAAAAACUGUGUCUUGAAACUGAACAUCAUCAAGCAACAAAUUUUUAAUUGAAAACUGCAAAUUGAUAAUUUUUAAAAAAAAAUAACUUUACGAUCGAAUUAUGUCGUUUUACAUAUUAUGGUUGAAUACAUUCAAUGAUUGUCGUAGUCGAAAUUUAUUUUGCAUACAUUUUUUAUGGAAUAAAGGGAAAGAAGUUUUAUUAUUUGAAUAUUAU